AUUUCACUGACUUGCAGCCCCGGUUAAUCAAGCUCAGACUGAUGGAUGAACAUUUAAAAAAACAGCGCGAUCUUUGCUGCGUUUUAACCUAACGUUAGCUAGUGGCAAGACCCUUUUAUAGUUUUAUAUUUUUUGUAAACUUAGUUGCCGAAUUCAAGUCAUAGCUAACGUUAUGUCUACAAAGAAACUGGCCAAAGAACUGGGAUUACUGAGGCAGCGGAGUCAGUCCUCUAAUGGGUUAAAGAAAUCAUUGGUAUCAAAUCAAAUAUUUUCAUACCUGAUUGUGAUUGAUUUUGAGUCCACUUGCUGGAGAGAGAAAAACAACUACAGCCAGGAAAUUAUUGAGUUUCCUGCUGUUCUGCUGAACACGUCCACAGGGGAGGUCGAGUCAGAGUUUCACACUUAUGUUCAACCCCAAGAGCACCCCAUUCUGUCUGAGUUCUGCACUGAGCUGACCGGGAUUACACAGAUGCAAGUUGAGGCAGGGAUCCCCCUUCAGAUCUGUCUUUCUCGGUUCAGCCGCUGGCUGAAAAACCUGCAGCUCGAUAUGGGGGUGGUUUUUCCCAACAGACAACAGAUAUCUUCUGCAUCUUCACCUUCUCAAAAACUGUGUACCUUCCUCACAUGGUCAGACUGGGAUCUUGGAGUUUGUUUGCAGUAUGAGUGUAAACGCAAGCAGCUCUAUAAACCUGACGUGCUCAACAGCUGGAUAGACCUGAGAAGCACCUACAGGCUGUUUUACGACAGGAAACCCAAAGGCCUGAACGGGGCACUACAAGACCUAGGAAUACAGUUUUCAGGGAGAGAACAUUCUGGCUUGGAUGACGCCCGAAAUACAGCUCAGUUGGCAGCAAGGAUGAUGAGGGAUGGGUGUGUGAUGAAGAUCACUAGGAGCCUGGUGAGGACGCCAUUAAUGGUCAAGCCCAUGUUUGGAAACACAACUGCAGACAACAAGAAAGUAAAAUCCAACUCUGAUAAAGAGGAAACCGCACUUGCCAUAAACAAACCCUCAUCAUCCAAGAUUCAUCCCAAAUCAUGUCAGAUACGAUCGUGUUCAGAGAACAUUACAAGGGAUUUAGACACAAAGGAGAACUCAAGUUCAGUUCAGAAAUCUGUUCAAAUCUGUCAGAGCCUGAUCUCACCAAAGACACUGCUGAAUGGUACAACUACGCCACUAUGUGGACGUAGGAUGUCAGUUACAGCAGAGGCUGUCACUAAUAUUUCCUCCUCAGUUAUGAUAAAUUGUCUUUCACCUCACCACAACAACAACAACAACAACAACAACCUUGUUCUGUGUUCUACUACUGUGAGCUGCCUUUCAAAUCUGCCUCGGCCAAACCAGCCCUCAACAACAGGAGCAACAGUAGGACUUGUGGAAGAAGAGGAAGGUGCAGAACUUUUAGUGGAGACAGAGGAUCGGUGUGGUUCGUAUGAUGAUGUGGUGUUGGAGGGUGAUGAUGACAUCAUCAGUGGAACUGAGAGAGGAUUUUAUGUUGAUCAUGUAUCAGAUUUUGACAGCGGAUGUUAUGUGUGGGAAGAGUCUGAUAAUACAUAUUCACCAGGUGGUCAGGUCACAUUAGGGGACGAUAUAAGAGAAACUGCGAGCAUUGAAAACAACUUUAAAUCUCAAAAGAUGACCAGUGAGUCAUCGACAACGUCUCUAUCUGCAAAGAAGAUGAGAUCCCACGUUAAUGAAAUCAGGCAGCAUUCAAUGAUCUCAGAGCAAAAUACUUAUUUUACUGUUCCUAAAACUGUUACUCAGGACUCCAAAUCAAAUCAGCACAAAACUGGACUUAAAACCUCUCUACAAGUACAAGAAAAGUUUGAUGGGCCCCAUAAAAACUCUAAAACAAACACACCUUUUCCAUCCAGACACAAACCCUUCAUCCCAGAAAAUACCUCCACCCCUUAUACCUCAUCUGCCAGGCCCAAAGCGGUCAUCACACAACACACAAAGCACAAAGAGACUCCAAAAUCUUCUUUUACCAUCUUCACUGACCCAGCAAAACUCUGCCGUCCCUCCUCAUGUGGCUCUGUUUGCACUUCCAAGAAUGUCCUCUCCUCUUUGUCAACCAACACGCUCUCCUCACGGGCCAAUUGUUUCUCAGUUUCUGUGGCGAUGAAAGGAGGACAGAAGAUCACAUCCCCACUAUGUGCGUGUGGGCGUCGUGCAAAGCGUCAGGUUGUGUCCAACGGUGGUCCGAACCAUGGGCGAGGGUUUUAUUGCUGUCCGGUCCGCCGGUCAGGCAGUGGAGGCAAGAUACAGAAGGGAUGCGAGUUCUUUAAGUGGGAGUCAGCUCUGAUGAAGAGUAGUUCAGUGGCCUCUCCUGCUGUCAGGUCCUCUGUCUCACUCUGUCAGAUCAACUCGACUGUGAGCUGUCGUCCACCCCAGAGGUCAACAAUAAGAAAGAGCUAUUAACUUGUUGGGGAAAAAGCUGAGGGGGUGUUCUACCUCUGUCACAUAGACUUUGUGAUGUAAUUAAUGCACUGUUUAACCAAUUGCCACAAAGACGGUUCUUAUUUAUUGUAUUUUGUUUGUUAACUUGUGUCUCCUCUUUACAUUUUGUAAAGAAGUAAAAACUGAAUAGAUGUGCUUGAAGACAAGCACAGACAUGUUUUUCUGUUGCUGUCAUACCCACAACCACCAGGGAGAUCUCCUGUUACGAACUACAUACAGCAUUACAAAUCAAA